AUGCUUUACAACUUUGUUGGGCCAGACGCCCUCGAUAGAGCCACCGAAGCGGAACUGCUAUCAUACAUCAAAUCGGUUGCAGUAAAAACGAUUUACCCUGAAGUUUACCGACAACAGUUCAUCUCAAUGCGACAAAGUGACAGCGAAACGAUCACUCACUUCAUCUCCCGUUUAAAAUCUCAAGCGAUGCUCUGCAACUUUUCACGUAAAUGUGACUGCGAUGACCAAAACUGUGAAAUAUCGUAUUCCGAAAAUAUGAUUAUGUCGCAAAUCAUAGCAGGAUUAUUGAGCUCCUCCCAUCGCACAAAGAUCUUAAGUGAAAUGACUUCCAUAGAGACACUUACCCAAAUGACAGACCACCUCCUUACACUCGAAGCAACCGCCCAAGCCACGGAGCACUUCAAACCAUCAUUGCCCGCCCAAUCAGAUGUAAGCGGCGUCAAAUCCGACUACCAACGCUACAAACGUAGUGACUUAAGACAGAAGUCACAAGGCAACAAUCGCCCAAACUAUCAGGAAGGGGAUCGAAAAUGCAUAGGAUGUGGACACAACCGUCAUCCAAAAGGAAGAGAGCAAUGCCCAGCACAAGGCAAAAAAUGUAAUAACUGUGGAAAACUUAACCAUUUCGCGAAUGUUUGCAUGAGCAGUAAGACGAACGCCAUUCAAGACGCCCCAGUUCCAUCCGACCCAGCCGAAACUUCCUUCCUUGGUAGCAUCACCGAGUCCUUCUGA